AUACCAGGGGCAAUGGACAGGAGGGAUGCGGCAUGGAUAUGGUGUACGUCAGAGUGUACCCUAUGGCAUGGCAACUGUGAUCCGUUCACCCCUCCGAACAUCUCUAGCUUCACUUCGAAGUGAGCAGAGCAACGGCACUGUUCUGCACGACGUCACUUCAGACAGUCCGGCUGGAACAAGAGGAGGGUUUGUGCUCAAUUUUCACAGUGAUCCAGAAGCCAUGGGCAUUAAGAAAAAAGGAGGCUUAUUCAGAAGAGGAUCCCUUCUUGGUAGUAUAAAACUUAGGAAAUCUGAAUCUAGGUCAUCGAUAUCUAGCAAACGGAGCUCUGUCAGGAGUGACGCUGCUAUGAGCAGAAUUAGUUCUAGCGAUGCCAACUCUACAAUUAGUUUUGGAGACGGUGACUGUGAUUAUUGCCCUGUGGAAGACCAUGUUGAUGCCACCACUACAGAAACCUAUAUGGGUGAAUGGAAGAAUGACAAGCGCAGUGGUUUUGGUAUUAGUGAGCGUUCAAAUGGUAUGAAAUAUGAAGGAGAAUGGCUAAAUAACAGGAGGCAUGGAUAUGGAUGUACCAUGUUUCCAGAUGGCACCAAAGAAGAGGGAAAAUAUAAAAAUAAUGUUUUGGUCCGUGGAAUAAGAAAGCAACUUAUACCAAUACGAAACACAAAAACUAGAGAAAAGGUGGAUAGAGCAAUAGAGGGUGCACAGAGAGCAGCUGCCAUGGCAAGAACCAAAGUGGAAAUUGCAACUUCAAGCCAAAUGAAAGCAGACCACACUCCUCUUCAUAGUUCCCUGCUGGACGUGACAGCCUGCUUUGUUCCGUGCGGCUGCGAAGGCGCCUCGAGUUGCUGGAGGGGCCGCAGGAGGGUUGACUUGGUAGCAGAGAUCCAGGAUAACAAUUUUGAUUUCGUUCGGGAGCGAGCCCGCUGCCACAGCCUGGACUUUCUUGGGUCCCUGCUCUCCCUCGCUGUCGUAGUGGCCUCCCGGAGCCAGCAGCUGGCUUGUGUAAUGUUCCUCGCUGAGGAUGGUUCGGAGAGCUCCGAUUUACCCCGAGGCCUGGCCUGGCGCUGCCCCAGCCUGGGCCUGGGCGCUCAGCGUUGGCUUCGAGUCACUGGGCAGCACCUGCUUCUGAACGGCGCAGCUCGGUUGUCCGCCCCAGAGCGCUGGUGUUCGCACGACAGCCGUUACACCAGUUCAGAAAUAGACGUGUUGGAUUAUGUCAGUCUUGCUGCUGUGCAAAAUGACUUAAAGUCCAAACGUGGAAACAAGCCAGACACAAAGAUUUUCACUGUUGAG